UCGCUUAGCAAUUUUUUAUAUAUUUGUUAUAGCACAUUUGAUACGGCCCGACCGUUUCGCCUAAUUUUGGCUCACAUUUCAUUUCGAUGGGGAACAAGUUGGCGGCAGCGCGGACAACUCGCCGUGGAGGCAAAUCGCCGCCGAAAAAGGUCACUCAGAGUGCCAAGUCUAUAUCCCUUGACGCAAAGUCAUCCACAAACGAGCCACCGAUGACCUUUGGGAAGGACCCGACGUUGAACCGCGAGGACUACAUCGUGUCCAAGCAAACCGACGCCACAGUGGUCAAACGACCGGGAACGAUCAAUGGCCAGCAGUUCCUGAUCGAGGACUGCCGCGGCACGAAUGUGUUUGUGCUGGACCAGUGCACGUCCGUCCAAAUCGACGAGUGUCAUGGGUGCACAAUCUUCAUCGGGCCGUGCACCGCCAGUCUCUUUGUGCGCAACUGCUCCAACUCCACCCUCGUGUGCCUCGUUCAGCAGUUCCGGGCCCGCGACUGUGUCGACAUGGACAUCGCGCUCUUCAGCACCACCGCGCCCAUCAUCGAGUCGUCCGCAAAGCUCCGCAUCCGGCCAUUCGCCAGUGCGUACAUAGGACUGCAACACCAAUUGGACGCGGCCAAGUUUAACGUAUGGAACAACAAAUGGAGCGAGAUAUUUGACUUUACACCGUCUGGAGGCGGUGGCGGCGGCGGCAACUGGACUGUGGGAGAAAUGGCGGACGCGACCCACGUGCUGUCCAAAUUACCACCCCAAGUGAUUGCGGACGUGGGGUAUGUCGAAGACAGCAGCAUCGUGCCACUAGUGCUAGGGUUGCCUGCUCGUGUGCCGGACAAAGUCGUGUUCGUGUGCGUGUCGACGGUACGAACAUCAAGGAGACUUGAGUUGACAUGAUCGGCGUGUUGUGAUAGGGGAACUCUGAAGUGGCGCGGCAGCUGGUGACGCAUGCUACAGUCGACACUGGUGGAAACCAUGAGGCGAUGCCUAAGUUGAUUCAAACGCGGCAAUUCCGCGUUUCGCCCGUCCAAGCCAAGACGUUGUUCGGAAAGCAAGCUGCUUCACAUAUCAAGGUGCGCCAGGAUACAAAAUGCCAUCGCAAGCAAUCUAAAGCCAUUAACAUCUUGUGAAUGAUAGAACGCGACAGGCAACGGCGUGGAGAUCAUUGCGAUGGAGUGGAGUGCAACGACUGAGGCCAUUAGAGCACUACUGGCGCACGAGUCUUUGCAGCAGCAUGCUUCCUCCUUCUACGUCGAGGCCGCAAGCGCCGCCGCCAAAGUGGAUUUAUGCUGGAGCGAAUGGAAAGAAGUAAUUUGACAAGAUCCACGCGAGAAUUUCGAAGUUUCGACAGAACGUUGUUUGAUUGGUGGAUUUAGAAAUUAUUUCAACCAAUUGAAAUGGUUGAAGUGGAAUCGAAUUAAAAUUCUGAAAAAUAAAAUGCAGGUCUCAUAGGUUGAGACACUACAAUUAAAACAAUAUAGAAAAAAC